GCAGACAAACAAUAACAUAAACAUACACAAAUUAUAAUACACACACACAACAUUAUAGUACAACAAUCAGAUGGCUGGGAAACAAGAAAGUGGUGCUGGGAAAAGAGUGGUGGUUAUAGGCGGCGGAGUGGCUGGCUCUCUCCUUGCAAAGUCUCUUCAAUUCAUCUCCGACCUCACUCUCAUUGAUCCGAAAGAAUAUUUCGAGAUUCCAUGGGCAGAUUUGAGAGCAAUGGUAGAGCCAUCAUUUGCUGAGAGAUCAGUCAUACACCACAAAGCUUACCUCACCAAUGGCAACAUUGUUACAUCCACAGCCAUCAAUGUCACCGAAAACCAAGUCAUGACGGCUGAUGGAAGAUCCAUCCCCUAUGACUAUCUUGUCAUAGCUUCUGGUCACAAGGAACCGUACCCGGAAGCAAGAGCCGAGAGGCUCAAACAGUUUCAGUCAGAUAAUGAAAAAAUAAAAUCUUCCCAGUCCAUAUUGAUUGUUGGUGGAGGGCCUACUGGUGUUGAACUAGCUGGGGAAAUUGCGGUUGAUUUCCCUGAGAAGAAGGUUACGCUGGUGCAUAAUGGACCCAGGUUGCUGGAAAUGCUUGGACCCAAAGCGGCCAAGAAGACUCUAGAUUGGUUGACAUCGAAAAAAGUGGAUGUGAAGUUCAAUCAGAAAGUCCACUUGAGUCAUAUUGCUGAAGGAAGCAAAGAAUAUGCAACUUCAUCUGGAGAAACCAUCAUAGCAGAUUGCCAUUUCUUGUGCAUUGGCAAACCACUGGCCUCAGAAUGGCUAAAAGAGACGGUAUUGAGGGACAGCUUAGAUGAAUCAGGGAGAUUAAUGGUGGAUGCGAACCUCAGAUUAAAGGGCUGCAAGAAUAUCUUUGCAAUUGGCGAUAUUACAGAUCUUAAGGAAAUGAAACAAGGGUACCUGGCACAAAAACAUUCUGCAGUUGUGGCGAAGAACAUCAAGAUGUUAAUGUCAGGAAGAAAUGAAGAUAAAAUGUCAACUUAUGUGCCAACUUCAAAGGCUAUUGCAAUUGUUACACUAGGGAGGGCUAAUGCAGUGGCUGAGUUUCCAUUUCUUACACUCAGCGGAUUUUUCCCGGCAUUGAUCAAGUCCAAAGAUUUGUUCGUGGGGAAGACAAGGAAGCUUAUGGGUCUGCACUAAGUUCCCAAUGUGUCUAAGAAACAUUUUCUGUCCCAGUGUGCUCUUACCAGAUGUACUUUCCAUUUCACUUUAAGUUAUCCUUUUUCAUUUGAGUUUGUAUUUUCCGGAUAUCCUUUUCCAUGUUAUUUCAUUUGAAUCAAAAAUCUGUUGGCAAACAUCUUAAUAUUAA